UGGAACAAGUUCGAGAAUUCGGCAGUUUUGCAGUCUGCAGAAAGCUUUCAGCAGCCAUAUGGGGAAGAACAAGAGGCUUAAGGACGGCGGCGAGAAGGGAGCCGCCGCCGGCGACCACUGCCCUUCCAAGGUCUUUGUGAAGAACUUACCCUACUCGUUCACCAACUCACAGCUUGAAGAAACAUUCAGUGAUGUUGGACCGGUCCGGCGGUGCUUCAUGGUUACCCAAAAGGGUUCAACCGAGCAUCGUGGUUUUGGAUUCGUGCAGUUUGCUGUAGCUGAAGAUGCAAAUCGAGCAAUUGAGCUGAAGAAUGAGCUGUUCGUUGAAGGACGCAAAAUUACUGUUAAACAUGCUAUGCAUCGAGCUCCCCUUGAGCAGCGGCGGUCCAAAGAAAAUCAAGUCACUGCAUCUAUGUCAACAACUAAUGAGGAAGGAGAUACUCCUAAAAGGGAAGAACAAGAUACUUCUAAAAGAGAAGAACAAACAACUAACAAGGAUAGAGAUACUUCUAAAAGGGCAGAACAAACAACUUCAAAUUCCGAGGGGAAAGAGAGACAUUUGAAUGCUCGGAAAUUAGCUUCACUUUCUAGUUAUCUAGAGGAUAAAGAGGGUCAUUCAGAAAAGCAAAGGAUUGCAAGGACUGUUGUGUUUGGUGGUCUUCUUAAUGCUGACAUGGCUGAAGAUGUUCACCGCCAAGCAAGAGAUGUUGGUGGCGUAUGCUCUAUUGUUUAUCCUCUUCCCAAAAAAGAAGUUGAACAACAUGGUCUUUUACGAGAUGGAUGCAAAAUGGAUGUUUCAGCUGUACUUUUUGCUAGUGUGAAGUCUGCACGUGCUGCUGUUACCAUAUUACACCAGAAAGAGAGGAAAGGAGGUGUUGUUUGGGCCCGUCAACUGGGUGGGGAGGGGUCCAAAACUCAGAAAUGGAAAGUUAUCGUUAGAAAUCUUCCAUUUAAGGCCAAGGAGCAAGAAAUAAAGGAUACCUUUUCAUCCGCAGGAUUUGUGUGGGAUGUCAUGAUGCCACAUAGUUCAGACACAGGAUUAUCGAAGGGGUUUGCCUUUGUCAAAUUUACAUGCAAGCAGGAUGCUGAGAGUGCUAUUAAAACGUUCAAUGGUAAAAAAUUUGGUCAAAGGACGAUAGCUGUGGACUGGGCUGUUCCAAAGAAGAUAUAUAGUUCUGGUGCUAAUGCUGCAGUUGAUUCAGAUGACGGGGAACAGACUGAAAGAGACAGAGAAGGUAGCAUUAGCAGUGAUGAUUUUGAAGCUGAAGAUAUUGCUGUUCAUGACAAAUCUCCGCACUCGAACAAAGAUGAAAGAUUUUCAGAGGAUUCGGAGGAAGAAGAUAUUUCCUCAGAGGUUGAUUUCGAAGGAGAAGCAGAAAUUGCAAGAAAAGUUCUUGAAAAUCUAAUUUCAUCUUCGGCUAAAGAGGCUCUUCCUUCUCGUGUUGAUGGUAAGCCACCGUCGAAAGUGAACAAGGAGCCAGAUUUUGUUUCAUCCAAGAAGUCAUCUGAUAUGUCUGAUAAAGUUUCAAAUGAAUCUGAAAAGUUAAGUGAAAGCAAAACAUCUAUGCUUAAGCAAACAGAUGAAGAUGAUCUGAAGAGAACGGUUUAUAUAGGCAACCUUCCUUUUGAUAUUGAUAAUGAAGAAGUGAAACAGCGGUUUUCUGGAUUUGGUGAAGUGCUAUCCUUUGUGCCAGUCCUUCAUCAAGUUACAAAGCGACCUAAAGGCACUGGUUUUCUCAAGUUUAAAACGGUUGAUGCUGCUACUGCUGCUGUUUCUUCUGCAAAUGUUGCAUCUGGUGUGGGAAUAUUUCUGAAAGGCAGGCAACUGAAAGUAUUUAAUGCCCUGGAUAGAAAAUCAGCUCAUGACAAGGAAUUGGAAAAGUCAAAAAAUGACAAUCAUGACCACCGGAAUCUUUACCUUGCACAGGAAGGUAUAAUUCUCGAGGGAACUCCAGCUGCUGAGGGAGUUUCUGCUAGCGACAUGGAGAAACGUCAAAGGCUGGAAAAGAAAAGAACGACCAAGCUUCAAUCUCCAAAUUUUCAUGUUUCAAGAACUAGACUUGUUAUACACAAUUUACCAAAAUCAAUGAAAGAAAAAGAACUUCAAAAACUUUGCAUUGAAGCUGUUACCUCGCGAGCUACAAAGCAAAAACCUGUGAUUCGCCAGAUUAAGUUCUUAAAGGAUGUGAAGAAAGGAAAGAUACUGACAAAGAAUCACUCCUGUGGAGUUGCUUUUGUUGAGUUUUCUGAGCAUGAGCAUGCCCUUGUAGCCCUGCGAGUUCUCAACAACAAUCCAGAAACUUUUGGCCCUAAAAAUCGCCCAAUCGUAGAGUUUGCCAUUGACAAUAUUCAAACGUUGAAGCUCCGAAAAGCAAAGUUACAAGCUUGGUCGCAGGACAAUACCGCCAAUGUUCCCAAAGCCCAGCAGUGGAAUGUUAAUACUGAUACAAAUGCUGGGGAUAUCCAUUCAAACCAGAAAAAUUCCAGAAAAAGGAAAGCUAUAGGCGAUAAUCGUCCAGUGAAAGCGCAAAAUCAUAAUAAAGAUGAUAAUGACAAUCAUGUAUCCAAUGAUGUGAUGGUAGAAAGUAGAGCUAGAAAAAAGAGGAAAACACGUCCAGAAAUUGGGAACACAAAUGAGUCACUGAAACAAAAACCAGGACAAAAAUUGAUGCCUGAAAAAUCGAGCAAGAGACCGGCAUCCAUGGAUCCUGGAAAAAUAAAAGCUUCUCAGGAAUCUGAUGUUCAACACAUAAAGAAGGUAAAACAUGAAGUAAAGCAGCAAAGAAAGAGGCCAAAGAAAAAUAAGGAACCAAUAGGACGGGAUGUUGUCGAUAAACUUGAUGUGCUUAUCGAACAAUAUCAGUCCAAGUUCUCGCAGCAGAGAUCAGACCGAACAGAUGGUGAAAAGAAAGGCUCUAAACAGGUUAGAAGAUGGUUCCAAUCAUAAAUUAAAAUUUUGCAGCCUAGGAUUGUUCCUUUGACCAUUGGUAUCACAUUUGUUUGUUUUCUUUUGUUCUGAAAUCUGUACGCACAAGAUGGAUAAAGGUUAAACUGCAUAGGAAGUGUAACAUAUAGUAUUUGGGUUCCAUAUUUGUAUUGAAAUAUUUAACUGUUUUUUCAAAGGUUGAAAAUAUAUUUUAGGUCGGAAGUAACAAUUUAGUC